UUUUGACAAAAUUCUUCCAAGCAUUUGUAUUUGUGUCAAUGGCCCGACUAAAUACGCUCAGUCCAUCUUGCACUUUCCUCUCUCUGUAUUCUUGAACCCUCAAUCUCCACGUACUGCGAGGAAUAAGACUUUUACCUGUGCUCUUUCACAAGUGUUUACCAUGGAUUCUGUAGAGUCUUCUGUGGGUUCUCGCUCAACCAGCAAUUCAAAGGACAUCAACACUACUGGUGGAACUCUUGCAAGGAGUCUAAAAAGGAAAAAAGAUGAGCAGUGCCCAGAUCUGAGAGAAGAGAGACUAGAGGAGAGUGAAGGGCGGCAGCGACAAUGGCAAAUGGGUAUGGAUAAUAAUGAUAUGAAAAUUAGGCAACUUCUUCUCCUAUAUCUACAGUACUUGAAUAAUGAGGAUGAAUUUUGGGAUUUGGUAGCAUGUGCGACUGGUUAUAUAUGUAUCUAUUUUUUGAAUCAUAUGCACAAAGAAUUGCGCAUGACUUCUUAUUUAAGAGGAGAAAGAAGGAUGAAUGAAUUAUUGAACGGUUGUGAAGAAAGGUGUUUUAACACCUUUAGAAUGAAGCAAAGUACAUUUUGUCAAUUAUGUGUGGAUUUGGAAAACAAGUAUGGUUUGAGGUCUUCAAGUAGAAUGUCAAUUUUGGAGAAAGUGGGUUUGUUUGUAUAUCUACUUGGUAUGGGUGCUUCUAAUAGAGAUGUGGAAGAGCGCUUUCAACGUUCCAGUAAAACUAUUAGUAGAACUUUUAGAGAAGUUCUGAAUGCUAUGGAUGGUUUUUCAAGAGACAUACUUGUACCAAAAGAUCCCGAGUUGAAGGAAAUUCCACCACAAAUUGUCAAUGAUGCUAGAUAUAUGCCACAUUUUAAGGAUUGUGUUGGAGCAAUAGAUGGUACACAUAUUGCGAUAAACGUUCCUGAAGAGAAUCAAAUACAUUAUAUAGGGAAGAAAGGAAUACCAACUACAAAUGUCUUGGCAGCAUGUGACUUUGGUUUGCUAUUUACAUACGUUUUAACGGGAUGGGAGGGAUCAGUUCAUGAUUCUUGCAUUUUUCUUGACACAAUCAGUGAUUCAUCUCUCAACUUUCCAAAGCCACCACUAGGUAAGUAUUAUUUGGUGGACAAAGACUAUCCAGAAAGUGAAGGGUAUUUGACACCUUACCCCAAGACAAGGUAUCAUCAAUUGAAGUUUCAUGAUUCAAAUCCAAAGGAAUCUCAAGAAGUAUUUAAUCAAGCACAUGCAUCCUUAAGAAGCUGUAUUGAGAAGGCUUUUGGUGUUCUCAAGUCUCGAUGGAAGAUAUUACAAAAAAUGCCAAGAUACUCACUAAUGGAUCAAAAUAGAAUAAUUUGUUCGUGUUUUGCAUUGCACAACUACAUUAGAAAAAACACAGUUGAUGACCCGGGUUUUAGAUUCAUUGAAGAAAAUCCUAAGUUCAUUCCCCCUGAUGUUUUUCAAGAUGUUGAAGUUAAUUCUGUACAAAUUCCGGAGGAAAUGGAAACUCAGGAGAUGGCAACUAUUCGUGAUAACAUUGCUUCAAGUUUGAUGGCAGCUAGAUGUCAUUCUUAGUGUAAUAUCAAUAUUUUGUAAAUAGUAGUGUUAAUUAUUGUGGUGGAUCUCAUCCCUAGUAAUUGUUUGUGUUGGUAUGUGUUGGUUGGU